AUGAGUAUCAUGGACACCUUUUACGCUAAGUUCCAAUCGGUUGGAGAGGCCUCAGUCUUUGUGAGAUAUAUGCCUUGCUUGAUAGGAAGUGAAUCAGUUUUGAAGGCAAGAUUACAACAGUCCAAUGGAGUCAAUCCCCAGAGUCAAAAUUUCACAAUAAAUAUGGAAGACAAGGAUAUAUAAAGUGACUCAGUCCUGGUUGAAAUCAUUCAGAAAAAUGAAAUCAAUUCGAGAAAUCAUCUGAUACUAAGAUAUAACAUUGACAAAGAAUUCUAUGAAAUUAUGGCGCUAAAGAUGAUGCAAAUAAAUGACAAGGAGAUCUCAAUGCUAGAUGGGUUUAUUCAGGUCAAUUCAAUGGACAAAGUAUAUAUUCCCUGCAACAAGUGCUACAUGCCACAUCUGUAUUACUUUAUCUUACCAAUCAGAGAAAACAUCUCAUAGUAAUUCAAGGAUGGAGCAAUGAAUCAGUAAAAAACAUCAGCCACUAACAACUAGACAACAAAUGUAGAUGAAAAGCUUAGUCAAAUGAUGAAGAAGACUCCAGAUAAAAUCCUUCAGUAAAAAUGGGGAAGCAUGGAAAAAGAAACCUUAAAGAAGCAUCUUCUGCUUUUUGGUUAUGGAAGAUGGAGAAAGAUCAGAAAGUACAGCAAGUGUCAUGACAAGAUACUGAAAGACAAAUCUGAUGUCGAGAUGAAAGCAUUCGCUAAUGAUUUCAUUCGAACACUUUUCGAAUACCUUUAAAACGAGAAAAAUGAAUUGAAGACUUUUCUAAUCAAUCUCAUAGAUGAAAAACCAGAGGAUCCAUUUGUCUAGAGUCAGCCUAAAGAAUGGGGCGAGCAAAUUAGUCAAAGAGCUGCUCCUUGGGCUAAAAGAAUAUAACUGCUUUACAGAGUAAAAGGACUAGUGCAAACAUAUAAAGGAGAGAGAAAGAAGUACUUUACAAAGCCAGAGAUUGAGUAAGAUCCAUUUAUAAAGAAGGAGUAUGAAACUUGGAACAACUUACUAAAUUUUCUGCCUGCUUAGGUAUUCUAUGGUUAGAGACCUUCAGUUUGGUGGACACUGAGACAUGAUAUUGAUUUGCUGUUUGGUACUUACAAGUAUGGUUACGCUAUGUACCAAAGCAUGAGAUCUGAUACUAGCCUUAGUUUCCACAAGAGUGAAUAGGUUGAAAGCCAGUAUCAAGAAUUUCCUAAUGCUGACAACAUCACAAGAAGACUAAAAAAGCUAGUGCAGAUUAUUGGGAAAAGUGAGUACCAAUCAAAUUUAUGCUUUGAAAAGCCACUUAACGCUCUAGAACCCACGGGCUUCACCCUAGAAGAUAAAAACAUGAUAUAUGAAACUCUCAUUAAUUUCGGAGUGCCUGUAAAUUCAGAUGGCAAAAAUGACUAUGGUUUCCUUAGAAGCUAACUAAUGAAAAUAUAAACUGAUUCAGGAGUGGUGAAUACCAAUUAAAACAUGAAUCUAGGCAACAAUGAUGACUAGAAUAAGGAUGCCGAGAGAAACACAGCUUAAAACUUGGAAAGAUUUAUUUAGAGACUAAGAAUGGAAUCUCAAAAGAUUAUAUAGGCUAAAAAUGCAAUAGUAGAUGUUGAUUCUGAUGUCAAUCAAGAUCAACUAAUGAGAGAAGAAUCUAAAGGCGAAGAAAUUCCCACUACUAAGAACAAGAAUGUUAUCUUUGACCCUGAUGAAGAUGGCUAUAAUUUCGGCUACGAAAAAGCUUGCAUUUUGCAUAAGAAUAUGAACAUUUUACAAUUCAUAAGGAAAACUCUACUGCCUAAUAACUGCAAGUAAUUUGAAGUUGGACUUGAAGCACUGUAGGAAUAAUUUUAAAAGGAGAGACUACAGCUAGAAAACAUGGAAGAAGAUUUCUCCAUGCAAGAUUUAAAGUCCUCUCAACUUUUACCAGAUAAUUGGAUUUGUGAGAAGCAUGAUAAAAAUCUCUUAAUCGCUCUCAAUUAUAACGGAUUUGAGUUCCUAAAGAAUCUAAGCGGCAAUAGAGAAUAUGGUUUUGAAGACAUUGAGAUCUCUUAUGAUUUAGCUUUUAAAAGAAUAGAGGAAAUUUGUGAAUUCUACAAAGAUUAUCAACAGCAAUCUAGAGUAGUUAAGAAGCCAAAGAAAGAAAUACUACCCCAGAACUAAAACACCGAAGGACAAUUAUAACAAUAGCAAAGCUUUAGUGAGCCAAAGAGAAAAAUAGCUAAAGUCUAGGUGCAGAGAAAUGAUGAUGGCAUAAUCGAGUACGAGAGAAGCUAAUACCACACUGAAAAGAAUUUGUUCCCAAUCGGCUUUAAGAGUUUAAGAGAGCAUAAUAGUCAAACUAGACUUGGUGAAAGGUGCCAGUAUAUAUGUGAGAUCUUGGAUGGGGGCUCUAAACCAUAAUACAGAGUGACACCUUAGGAUGAUCCUGAAAAUUCUAUCACUAGAGAUUCCUCGACUGGUUGCUGGAUUGACAUCUGCAAAAAGAUAAAUGAACUUCAAGGAAACAAGAGAAGCACUGUAACAGUGAGUGGACCUGAGAGAUUUGGACUUGCAGAUGUGAAUGUGAUUAAACUUAUGCAGCAACUUCCCAAUGCCAAUAAAUGUCAAAGAUACCAAUACAGAGCUGAUAUUUGA